AUGGCCGCCCCGUUUUCACUUAAAGCUCGUCGUCUCGUUUCGUCGGACUUCGUUGACUCCCUCCACACCACCAUGGAUACCAGCGGAAACGUCGUCACGACUCUCUUCGUCUCUAACCUUCACUGUAGCAGCUGUGUGCAUACGAUCGAGGAGACCCUCUCCUCCCUUCGUCCAGCGCCUACUUCUAUCCAUGUCUCCGUCGUCUCUCAAUCUGUCACCGUCGCCCACUCCAAGGACCUCUCGCCACGGUUGAUCAAGAACGAGAUUGAGGACGCGGGAUUCGACAUCGCCAGCACGCCUCUCGCAGGACCCUCCCGUCUUCCCGAUAGUUCAUUCACUUCUUCCCUCUUGUCCGGUCGGCGUCAAAAACAUGUUGACCAAUGUUAUAUGUGCCGUAACGACCUCGAGGGGAAGCACGCCCAUGGUGGGUCCCAAGACUCGCUUGCCAGCUCGUCACCGGAGAAACAUAGCGAACCCCAGCACAUCGCCAUCCCCACUAGCACCGAGGAAUCCCAGCCAUUUCACCUCACCCUUUCUGUCGGUGGCAUGACAUGCGCAUCGUGCAGUUCUACGAUCACCCAGACCUUGUCCGAACUUCCUGGCGUUUCCGAUGUUUCGGUCUCUUUACUGUCUAACUCUGCGACGCUUACUCUGUCGAACCGGGACCUUUCUGGUACUGUAGUCGAAGCAGUAGAGGACAUCGGCUAUGAGGCCGAUAUCGUUGACUUGCGGCCCAUCCAGCCAGAAAGUAGUGGCGAGGAGGGUGAGAACGGUCCGUACACGGUCUUACUAUCCAUCCAGGGUAUGACCUGUGCCAGCUGUUCGUCCACUAUUACACGCCUCGUCUCUGAAUUGGACGACGUCGAGGAUGUCAAUGUCAAUCUUCUGGGCAACUCUGCCUCUGUGGUGGUUCAGCACAAAAAGGUAAUAGAUGCAGUAGUCGAGGUCAUUGAGGAUGCGGGGUACGACGCCACUGUCACAAGUGUGGAGCCAGUAAAGAAGUCGUCUUCGAGAAUGGGUCCCAAGACGCAGAGCUCUACUCGUAUCGUCUCUCUCCAGGUCGAUGGAAUGUUUUGCCAUCACUGUCCGGCCAAAGUCAUGGCAGCAUUAGAGAAAUUCGGUAACCGUGUGCGCAUCGAGAAGCCAAUCAUAGACCACACCGAUCCCAUCCUCAGAAUCUCAUACGACCCGUCGCCACCCUCAUUCACCAUCCGUCAUAUAAUCUCCGCUAUCUCCUCUUGUAAAAACCUCUCCCAGCCACCCUCCGCCGUACCUGCCACCGCCACACCCUCGUCCUGCUUCACCGUCUCAAUUUACAAACCUCCCUCCCUCGAGGAACGCGGCCGCGCUAUGAUCAUUCGCGAACAGCGCCACAUGCUCAUCCGUCUCUUGUUCUCCGUCCUCGUCGCUAUCCCCACCUUCAUCAUCGGCGUGGUGUUCAUGAGUCUCGUACCCUCCUCCAACCCCACGAAAGCCUUUCUCAUGGAACCGAUGUGGACCGGCAACACGAGCAGGAUCCAGUGGAGUUUAUUCUUCUUGGCGACUCCGGUGAUGUUUGGCAGUACGGGGACGUUUCAUAGGAGGAGCUUGAAGGAGCUGAGGGCGUUGUGGCGCAGGGGAAGUAAGACACCGGUGUGGAAGAGGUUUGUUAGGUUUGGGAGUAUGAACCUCUUGGUCUCCUCCGGUGUCUCUGUGGCGUAUUUCUCGUCCAUCGCACUUCUGGGACUGGCAGCCUCGCAGGAAGCUUCACCGGAUGGCAUGGGCGACACAACGACCUACUUUGACUCGGUUGUCUUUCUGACCAUGUUCCUGCUCAUCGGCCGCUACCUGGAAGCUUACAGCAAAGGCCGCACCUCCGACGCCAUCACAAGCCUAGGCAACCUACGCCCCUCACAAGCCUAUCUUCUUGUCCCCUUAUCAGAGGUCCCUGCCUCAUUACCUCCCACCUCAACCUCCACAGCAAAAGACUCCCAUCCCAACGACUCCGACCUCGAGAAGGGUCUCCUCCACACAAACAACUCGUCAGACUCCUCCCUCGCUCCCGUCAAGCCAGGCCUCAAAGUCAUCAAAGUUCCCGUAGACUUGCUCGAAAUCGGCGACGUAGUGCGGGUUCAGAACGGAGCAACGCCGCCGGCGGAUGGGAGGGUCGUCGAGGGUGAGAGUACGUUCAAUGAGAGCUCGUUGACGGGGGAGUCGAGGCCUAUCAGGAAGGCAGUGGGCGAUGAAGUAUUUCUUGGCACGUUGAACGUGAAUGGGGUUGUGGAUGUGAGAGUCGAGGCUGUUGGUGGGGAGACUAUGUUGGAUCAAGUCGUCAGGGUCGUACGCGACGGACAGACGAAACGCGCUCCUAUAGAAAGACUAGCGGAUCACUUGACGGGAUACUUCGUCCCCGUUGUCACCUUACUCGCGAUCCUGACCUGGGUGAUUUGGCUUGGACUUGGUCUCGGUGGGGCUCUGCCGAGCGAUUACUUGGAUAAACCGACGGGCGGGUGGCCCGUAUGGUCGCUCGAAUUCGCCAUUGCGGUCUUCGUCGUGGCUUGCCCUUGUGGCAUCGGUCUCGCGGCUCCAACCGCACUGCUCGUCGGUUCAGGUCUAGCGGCCCAAUUUGGUAUCCUCGUCCGUGGUGGCGGUGAAGCCUUCCAAGAAGCCGCUCAGCUCGAUGUGAUCGUCUUUGACAAGACGGGAACUUUGACUGAGGGAGGGGAGCCUCGUGUCACGGACGUCGAGUUCAUCGACGACCUAUCCAAUAGCUCUAACGCUCGCGUCAGAGAUCUGGAGCGCAAGGUCGUCCUUGGAAUUGCCGCGGAGAUCGAGUCGGCGAGCACGCACCCGCUCGCGACCGCCAUUCGACAGCAUUGUGACGAAAAUGGUGCAGUUCAUGUGGCUGGGAGUAAGUUUGAGGAGAAACCUGGGAGGGGUUUAAAGGCUCGGUUCGAGGAGACGAAGUGCGUCGCUAUCAUCGGGAACGAGAAGUGGAUGGAGGAGAAUGGGGCGAUGGUUUCUAGAGAGCCCAACGAUGGUGAUGAGGCAUCUAUGGUGGAACGUCUGGAGGCGUGGAAGGUAGAAGGAAAGAGCGUUGUUCUGCUAGCCAUCCAGGCAGAGACAGAGGCCUCGCCAUCGUUCACCAUCGUUGCAAUGUUUGCAAUCUCUGAUCCUCUCCGACCGAACGCGAAGGAUGUGGUUUCUCGUCUCCAAAAGCAAGGUGUAGACACGUGGAUGAUCUCUGGGGACAAUACUACCACCGCGCGGGCUAUAGCCAAAAUGGUCGGUAUCCCACAGACGAAUGUUAUUGCCGGGGUCCUGCCUCACGAAAAGGCGGAGAAAAUCACUUGGCUUCAGUCAGAAGGCCGAAAGAAGGCGAUCAAGAAAUGGAGAGGGCUGUUUGGGAAGAGGUUGAAUGAGCGCUGUAUCGUUGCUAUGGUAGGGGACGGAAUCAACGAUGCACCUGCCCUUGCUUCCGCGGAUAUUGCUAUCGCCAUUGGUUCAGGAAGCGACGUAGCAUUGUCAAGCGCGUCCUUUAUCCUCGUCUCCUCGGACUUAUCAAGCCUCCUCACCCUCGUCGACCUCUCCCGCACCGUCUUCCGCCGCGUUAAGUUCAAUUUUCUCUGGGCCUUGAUGUACAAUCUUGCCGCGCUGCCUAUCGCCGCUGGAGUAAUAUAUCCAGCUGGGCAUGCGAGGCUCGAUCCUGUAUGGGGCUCGCUUGCUAUGGCUUUGUCGUCUGUUUCUGUGAUCUGCAGCUCGCUCGCGCUGCGGCUUUACAGGGCGCCCAAGUCGUCAAAGCUCUGA